AUGCUUAUUUCAGGGAUUUUCCUGAACGCUCUCAAGAAUGUGAAUGAGUUUUUCAACUCUGUCCACUGUCUUAUAGUCACUUAUAAAGAAGUCGGAAGACAGACAAUCCAUAUGGAUGGCAAUGGUUCUGUGACAGUUAUGGAUGACAGUCCCGCAUCCAGCCCCAACUCAAGCCCCAGUCCUGACACGCUCUCAGCGGACAGCUCCUUGUCUCGCUCCAGGGUGGUCCCGUCCAGUGGCCUUGGUGGCAGAGGGCGACCGGCAGCAGCCAACGCGGCGCGCGAGAGAAGUCGCGUGCAGACCCUCAGACACGCGUUCCUCGAGCUACAGAGAACAUUACCAUCGGUGCCACCGGACACCAAACUAUCCAAACUUGACGUUUUGAUAUUGGCAACCACAUACAUAGCGCAUUUAACGAGAACCUUGCAAGAGGAGGGAAUGGAAGAGGGGGAAAACACAAAACAAACUGAAGCUUUAAACUCACUCAAAGGAGACGGUUACUUACAUCCCGUGAAAAAAUGGCCAAUGCGUUCAAGGUUAUAUAUCGGUGCCUCUGGCCAGUUCCUGGGAAACUCAAAUGAAAAUCAAGGGGCGUCUUCGUCGUCAUCACAAAUAUAGAUCAUUUGCACGUGAGACUUUUUGAGAUAACAAUGAAAAAAAAUUAAGAUAAAAUUAUAGCUGGAUUUUUUUAUUUAAUUGCAUUUUUAAUUUUUUUUUUUUUUUUUUUGGGUGGUGGAGAACUCCAUGACAGUAUUUUUGUUGCAUAAAUGGUUUAGUGACAGCCUUAAACUUAAGAAGGUUGUUUUACGCAGCAGCUAAACAACAAUUCAGUUUAUGUUUUUCAUAUUGAAAUGAGGAUCAGUUAGCAGUGAAUUGUGCCAUAUACUUGGAUGUCCAUAUUAAUAUAUCCCUAUUAUUUCAAACAUGUAAAUAAGAUUAAAAAAAUUAGACAAAUUGUGUGUUUUUAAAAGGCGGAAAAAGCUGUGGAUCUCUUCAGACUUCCGUACCCUGCAGUUCUGUACUUGUUGGUAAAAUUGUCCUC